AUGGAGGUGUGUAAUGAAGUUCAAGCAUAUAAUCUGUGCAACUCUUAUGCAUUGAAGAAAGGAUUUAGCAUUCGUAAAGGAAAUAUUCAAAGAGAUGCAAAAAACAAUAUCCGACAACGAGACUAUUUGUGUUCAAAGCAAGGGUUUUAUGAUGACCUUUGUGAAGUGAAGACAGUUCAUCAAUUGGAUACAAGGACAGGUUGUAGGGCUUUAAUUCGAUUCACUGUGGAUGAUGGUGUGUGGAAGAUAAGUCAUAUAAAUUCAGAUCAUAAUCAUGAGUUUGCUAAGCUUGAAGAAAGACAAUUUCUCAAAUCUAGUCGGAAGAUACAAAAGGCUCACGCAAAUGUUAUAUCUUCUAUGGUUGAAGCAGGUAUAAGGCCAACAGAGUCGUAUUCGUAUUUGGCAAAAGAAGUAGGUGGUUCUGAGAAUGUUGGGUUCACUAAGAAAGAUUGUCUAAAUUAUUUGCAUAGGAAGAAGGAAGAAUUGAUUGAAGGAGGGGAUGCACAAAGUUUGAUCAAUCAUUUUAAGCAUAAACAAGCUGAGGAUCCUAAUUUUUUCUAUAGUGUUCAAGUGGAUCAGUGUACUCGGAUGAUGAAUUUUUUUUGGAGAGAUGGUAGAUCAAAGUUAGACUAUGAUUGCUUUGGAGAUGUUCUAUGCUUUGAUACUACUUUUCGGACCAACAAAUACAACCUAAUAUGUGCUCCAUUUGUGGGAGUUAAUCAUCAUUGGAAAAAUGUCUUACUUGGUUGUGCUUUUUUAUUGGAUGAAAGCACAAAAUCAUUUGUUUGGUUGUUUGAAACUUUUUUGGAGUCAAUGGGAAACAAACACCCGAUAACCAUUUUCACGGAUGAGGAUAAAGCGAUGGCAAAUGCAAUUGAGAUUGUAUUUCCACAAACAUGCCAUCGAUUAUGUACUUGGCAUAUCGCUAAAAAUGCUACUCAACCUCUUGCUGGUCUUUAUACUAACCCAGAGUUUAGCAAAUAUUUCAGCAAGUGCUCCUAUGGUUGUUUGAGUGAAUCAGAAUUUGAAGACACAUGGGAUCACAUGAUUAAAACCUUCAAGCUUGAGAAUCAUUCAUGGCUGCAAAAGUUAUAUUCACUUAGAAGAAAAUGGUGUUCUGCUUUCAACUUAGAUGAUUUCUCAGCUAAUAUUAGAUCUACCCAAAGGGUUGAGAGCACAAACAAUAUCUUUCAUCAGAUUUCUACAAAAACAAUGAGUCUCACUAGUUUUGUGCAACACUAUGAGCAAAAAACAGCAGAUAUGAGAUUGGCAAAGUUGGAAGAUGAUUUUCAUUGUAAAAAUGGAAUGCCUCAUCUUAAAGCAAAGAGUGGUAUCUUUAAGAAAGCAGCUAGUGAGUAUACCAUUAAGAUCUUUUCAUUCUUUGAAAAGGAGUUGUUGGGUUGUUUUGAGGUUAGGCUGGAUGAAGUUUGCAAUGUUGGUGCAAAAUAUGUUUUUGAAGCAAUAGAAGAAGGUCAGGAAAAGGUUUACAAAAUCCAUUUUGACUCCAUAACUUUCAAUAUUUCUUGUUCGUGUAAGUUAUUUGAAACCAAGGAAUUGCUAUGUCGUCAUGCCUUGAAAGUGUUAGAUUCCAAAAAUAUCACAAGUGUUCCAAGUCAAUACAUAUUGAAGAGAUGGACUAAAGGGGCCAAGAAAGGAAUUGUGGUGAAUAAUGACUUAUGUGAAUCUUAUAAUAAGAAGGCGAGAUCUGCCCAAUCAAUGUGUCUGAGUGAGUUGAUGCAUGAAGCAAAUAAUGUUGUUAGUAUAGCAUCAUUAUCUGAUUCAGGAACAAGGCUUGUCAAACAAAAGUUAGCAGAGGUUAUGAUGUUACUUGAAAGUGAUAUGGAAAUUACUAGAUCAAAGGAAAAUUUAAAUAGCAUUGGUGACCAAACUCUUCAUGAUGUGCUCAUUGCUAAGCCACCAGUUUUGAAUCCCCCCACCAUAAGGGCUAAAGGCAUAACAAAUGCUAGGAUAAAAAGUCAAUUGGAGAAGAAAAGAAAAAAAGAAAAAAAGAAAGACGCAAGAGUUGGAAAUUCCUCUCGAACUUCAAGGCCUACCACCAUGGCUGCGAGUCAAUCUGAGCAAGAAACCAACAGUGUUUCGCCUCAUUCAACUCAUUAUAAUCCAUCAUUGCAUCACUUUGGUGAUAUUCCAAGCCAUACUUUUGGACAUCCGAAUUUUCAAUUUACAACCAUGCUUCAAGGAAGUGAUCAAAUGCCUUACUUGAGUCAGGUGUAA